AUGUGGUAUCCCAAUCCCACCGAGAGCCUGCCGGCUACCGAUACGUUGUCGGCGAAUUCAGAUGCCCAAACGGUCCCUGCCAUCGAGCAAGUAUAUAACAUCCAAACACCUCAAGCCAAAGUGUACCCCCAUACCGAUGUCAGCUCAACAUCCAAUCCUGACUGCGACGAUCAACAAUACCCCGGGGCAUCCUCUAUAGGCAACGAAGCAUGGUUGAACAACGAUCAAGCCUCCCUAGCAGACAUGGGAGUUCCUCCUGAUGUUGCCAACCAGUACCAGACAACUCAGGAUGCUUUUCAGCAGUGGUAUCAGCCGCAGAUGGUCUCUACAGUGCCGGUAAAGCCCCCAUUUUGCCCUGCCGCUUACCCCUCUCCUUCAGGCGGAACCGCUAACGUGGAGUCUCAGGCACAGGGUCAAACAAUGGGUUGGAAUUUCACAAACGAUGUCAACCAAGAAAUCCACGACGACUUUAGUCUUCUCGCUGACAUCGACCUAAACACUCACGCUACUUCCAACUUUCAUGAUUUCUGGACCAUGGAAGCGGCACAAAUGCCGGAGGAGCAGAAGUACCAUACUGGUUAUUCGAGGGACUGUCCUGUGGACGUGACGAGCUCGUCUCCAUUGACAUAUACAGCUCUAGAGGUACCUUCCUCCAGCUUCACCGAACAACUGAAGUCUCUCCAACAGAUGCCUCUCUACCCCAUCCAAGGGUCUCAACCGCAAUGGGGCAGCUCUUGGUCUGUCCAGGUCAACAAUCAACUGACCACGAACAUCUACGGUGCUCCUCUGUUUGCCCUGCCCGUGGGCACGAAGUCCGAACAGGAAGUGGAGGCUGCGAACAUCAACAGGGGCACUUACGACGAAGCCGACUUCUUUGACAUGACGGGUAGCCCUCCCCCGGAAUAUACAGCUCUCGACAGCUCUCUCUACGAACCUCAGCCACAGAGAAGCCCUCAGAAUGUUUCUGUUCGUGGCAUCAUCUGUCCGCCCGAUGAAGACGUGUCUGCUUGGUGUGAAGCUCUCGGUAAUUCAGAGAUCGAGCUGGAGCAAGUGGCCGAGAACGACCACGAGGAGGUGAACAAAGAACAGGAGUACAAAAACGAGGAGCACGCCACCCCGUAUUCGACACCUCGUACAUCACCCAGCACUCCCGAGCAACAAGUCGCGGAAGAAGAACAGGCGCACUUUGACCAAGUUUCUUCCGACACAUUCCUCCAAAGGUGUGAGGAAAAGUGGCAGAACAAGGCAAAACCGGCCAUUGCCGCCAUGCUCACGGACAAGAAACACAACAAUGCAACUUUCAAGGAUCGGUUCGACUACGUGGUGCAAUGCCUUCACGAUUUGACGGAGAUAAACUCUAUCGACUGGGCGGAAGGUCUAGCGGACUUUGGCCCAAAGUUGCUCCCUUCAUUGCCAGCGACACCAAGCAAGAAGAGGACGAGGGAUUCCGACGAAAAAAGAGGACCCCCAGUCUCAUGA